AUGAAACAGAAAAUUAAAAGAUUGUAUGAUAAAUUAUGUUCCAAAAUGAUUGAUUUUAAUAUAUCUGACUUAAAACAAAUUAAUGAAUCAACUUAUGCCAUCCCAAGUAUGACUACUAAAAAUGUGACAUAUUUAGUUGAUACUGAAAAUGGUGCUUGUACUUGCAAAAUGGGACAUGCUGGAUCAUUUUGCAAACACCAAGCUUGGAUCCAUAAACACAUUAAAGCUCAACUCCUAAAUUCACCUGCUGUCACAUUGGAAGAACGACAUGAACUUGCUGUGUUAGCUUUAGGAAUUGACAAAUGCCCUACACCAACUUUUUUUUGGGGUUUAAAGGAAAGUUUACAUAGCAAUUCAGAAAUUAUAUGUGAGGCAUCAAACAAAACAGUAAAUAGUUCAGAAUAUUGUGAAUCGGAAAUUAAUAAGCAAGGAAAACUUCAGUUGGAUCUUCAUGUUGAAAAUAACGAAUGUAUAAGAAAUGAAGCAACAACUUCGAAUGAAAUAUCAAGUUCAAGAUUACAAAAUAUGAUUCCUACACUACCAGAACCGAUACUGAACAAAUUAGGUCACAGAUUGAAAAAUAUUACAAACUCUUCUCAAUUUGCUAGCUUUAUGUAUUCGUUGAGUAUUAAAUCAACCAAUGUCAACAAAAGAAGAGGUCAAAUAAAAGUGCAACCUACAUCAAUAAGUCGCCGAAAGAAAGGCAUUACUAGAGGCUCUAGAAGAAUAAAUUCUGGUAAACGACCAAAUAAUCAGUGCUUAAAUACGAACCAACAAAGACCUCGUAACUUAGCUACAAUGUGGCUAAAAACCAAUUGA